CCGUCACCAUCCUCAAGGUCAUCAGCAACAACGGAGACGACGAGGAAGACGUGGCCCCCUUCUCUUUCCUGUCCAGCCAAGUCGAACGGAACGCAAUUGGAUCCAGUUAGCGCUGCACACAUCUGACCCUCUAACCCCCCUGCUCUGCUGGCACCCUCGUCAUCAUGGUCAUCACCACCGAACUGACAGAGACGCUCGGCCUUCGUGUUCCGCUGGUACAAGGCGGCAUGCAAUGGGUCGGCACCCCUGCGCUUGCAAGCGCCGUUUCGAACGCCGGUGCGCUCGGCAUCCUCACUGCGCUGACGCAGCCGUCGCCCGAUGCGCUGCGCCAGGCCAUCCGCGAGACCAAGAAGAUGCUCAAGCCAGAGGUGCUCAAGCGCGGCAAGUACGGCCCCUUCGGCGUCAACAUCACGCUGCUCCCCAGCAUCAACCCUCCCGACUACAAGGGAUACUGCCAGGCUGCGCUUGACGAGGGAAUCAGGAUCUUUGAGACGGCCGGAAACAACCCCGGAGAGAUCAUCCAGCUCGCCAAGAAGCACGGCGCGUACGUCAUUCACAAGUGCACCGCCAUCCGACACGCGCAAUCUGCACAGCGUGCGGGUGCUGAUAUGCUUUCGAUCGAUGGCUUUGAAUGCGCCGGACACCCGGGCGAGGACGACAUUGGCGGUCUGGUAUUGAUGGCUCGCGCGGCUGAAUCGCUCUCCAUCCCGUUCAUUGCCUCCGGCGGCGUCGCCAACGGGCGCGGGCUCGCCGCGUCGCUGGUGCUCGGCGCGUGUGGCGCCAACAUGGGCACGCGCUUCAUGUGCACCAAGGAGGCUGAGAUCCACGACAACGUUAAGCGGCACAUUGUACAGUCAGACGAGCGCGACACGAUUCACAUCUUCCGCACACUGCGCAACACGGCGCGUGUCUUCAAGAACGCCGUCGCCAAGGAGGUCGUCGCGCUCGAGCGCCGGCCCGGCGGCGCGCAGUUCCAGGACAUCCAGCACCUUGUCUCAGGCGCGCGCGGAAGGAAGGUGUAUGAGAAUGGCGACAUCGACGCCGGCAUCUGGAGUGCCGGCAUCACCGUCGGCCUCAUCCACGACAUCCCCUCCUGCGAGGAGCUCGUUCGGAACAUCGAGCGCGAGGCCGAGAGGGAGAUUUCAAGGCUUUCCACGCUCAGUAACAAGCAGGCAAAACUUUAACAAGCCUGUGAAGUACAAGUAGGGGGAUGGUUUUCACGUCUUUCAUCUCCUUUGUAAAGUAAGCAGUUCAAAUCCAUAUCGGGAGUCAGAAUGAAUCGAAAU